AUGAGUAAUAAGGCCAUGUUUGAGGCUCUUGACAGAACCCCCCAAGAUUUGCGUCACAAUACAAGAAUAAUGGGUGGAGCUACGUUUCUCAUGGCAGGAGAUUUUCGACAAACUCUUCCUGUUGUCCGAGCAAGCACUCGAGCCAAUGAGGUUAAUGCACGUAUAAAGCAUUCUUAUGUGUGGCACAGUGUAAUCAGUCGCCAUCUUCAAACAAACAUGAGAGUCCACCUACGUGGUGAUGUGGAGUCUGAGGCUUUCGCAAAACAGCUAUUAGAUCUUGGUGAUGGAGUUUUGCCUUUCGUUGAUGAUGAGCAUAUUCGGUUGCCGUUUGGGAAUUUCGUUCCAAAUGUAGAAGAACUUAUAAGAGCCGUUUUACCUGACGUCGAAACCAACUUCCAGGAUCUCGAUUGGCUAAGAGCAAGAGCUAUUCUAUGGCCUCAUAAUACAACAGCUGAUGCUACUAAUAAACAAGUGCUUGAUAUGAUUCCUGGUGAGAUAGUUUCUUUCAUGUCCAUCGAUACAAAUAAAGAUGAGAAUGAUGCAGUCAAAUAUCCACCCGAGCUACUCAACAAGCUAACACCUCCGGAACUUCCACCUCAUCUUUUGUGUUUGAAAUGUUUUCCUAAUAUACUCUGGAACUUAAUGCGAAAUUCUUCGGAGAAGACUCAUUUACUAAUUGAACGAGAGCACAGCUGUAAUUGUUUGAUCAACACGAUUCCUAGUGUUUCCUAA